AUGGAGGAAGCGGCUGUGGCGGAGCUGGCGGAGCUGCUGGCGGUCCCGGCGGCGCGGGAGGCCGCGGCGGAGGUUGCCCUGGCGCUGUCGGGGAGCGCCGAGGGGCGGAAGCUGCUGCUGGAGGGGCCGCCCGGGGUUCUCGAGGCGUUGUUGGAGCUGGGGACGACACCCUGGCCACCCGCUGCCUGCUGUGCGGCGGGCGGCCACGUCAACCCAAGUACGGGAGGACAGGGUGUGCUGGGAGGCCAGGUCAACCCAAGCACGGGCGGGCAGGGUGUGGUGGGAGGCCAGGUCAACCCAAGCACGGGCGGACAGGGUAUGCUGGGAGGCCAGGUCAACCCAAGCACGGGCGGCCAGGGUGUGCUGGGAGGCCAGGUCAACCCAAGCACGGGCGGCCAGGGUGUGGUGGGAGGCCAGGUCAACCCAAGCACGGGCGGCCAGGGUGUGCUGGGAGGCCAGGUCAACCCAAGCACGGGCGGGCAGGGUGUGCUGGGAGGCCAGGGUGUGGUGGGAGGCCAGGUCAACCCAAGCACGGGCGGCCAGGGUGUGGUGGGAGGCCAGGUCAACCCAAGCACGGGCGGACAGGGUGUGGUGGGAGGCCAGGUCAACCCAAGCACGGGCGGCCAGGGUGUGGUGGGAGGCCAGGUCAACCCAAGCAUGGGCGGACAGGGUGUGGUGGGAGGCCAGGUCAACCCAAGCACGGGCGGCCAGGGUGUGCUGGGAGGCCAGGUCAACCCAAGCACGGGCGGGCAGGGUGUGCUGGGAGGCCAGGGUGUGGUGGGAGGCCAGGUCAACCCAAGCACGGGCGGCCAGGGUAUGCUGGGAGGCCAGGUCAACCCAAGCACGGGCGGGCAGGGUUUGGGGGGCCAGGUCAACCCAAGCACGGGCAGUCAGGGCGCAGGCGGUCAGAUUAAACCCAUUGCUGGUGGGUCGGGCUGUCAGGUCAACCCUAAUACGGGGGGCAAGGGCGCGGGCGGUCAGGUCAACCCCAGCACGGGAAGCCAAGGCGGGGGCCGUCAGGUCAACCCAAGCACGUGUAGUCAUGGUGGGGGCCGUCAGGUCAACCCCAGCACGGGAAGCCAGGGCGCGGGCCAUCAGGUCAACCCAAGUACGUGUAGUCAUGGCGCGGGCUGUCAGGUCAACCCAAGCAUGUGUAGUCAUGGUGCGGACCGUCAGGUCAACCCCAGCACGGGAAGCCAAGGUGCGGGCUGUCAGGUCAACCCAAGCACGUGUAGUCAUGGCGCGGGCCGUCAGGUCAACCCAAGCACGUGUAGUCAUGGCGCGGGCUGUCAGGUCAACCCAAGCACGUGUAGUCAUAGCGCGGGCUGUCAGGUCAACCCAAGCACGUGUAGUCAUGGCGCGGGCCGUCAGGUCAACCCCAGCACGUGUAGUCAUGGCGCGGGCUGCCAGGUCAACCCAAGCACAUGUAGUCAUGGCGCGGGCUGCCAGGUCAACCCCACGGUAGGCGGCCAGGUCAACCCUGCUUUGAGCUGCCUGGUCAACCUCUCCUCCGAGCCAGCCGCCCGUGAACGGCUGCUGGCGGCUCUGCCCGCCCUGCUGCGGCUCCUACCGGCCGGCCCGGCUUGCGGGGUAUUGGCCAACCUGUGCCGGGACCGCGAAGCGGCUCAGCGGGUGCUACAGGGGCUGGAAGAGAACGGAUCCGGGUUGGAGUCGCUCCUCGGGGCGUUGAGGGAGCCUCGACCGCCUCCGGAACUCGGCUCCCUCCUUUGUAACCUCAGUCAAAUCCCCGAGGGGCGCCGAGGGAUCCUCGACCGCUCCCGGCGGUCGGUGCAGCGGUUACUCCCCCACACGCAGUUCCCGGCGGUGUCGGAGCUGCGUCGCGGCCUCAUCGGAGCCCUCCGGAAUUGCUGCUUCCAAUACGAGGCCCACGAGUGGCUGUUGAGUGAAGAGGUCGACGUUCUCCCCUUUCUCCUCCUCCCUCUCGCCGGUCCCGAGGAAUUCCCUGAGGACGAGAUGGAACAACUUCCGGUGGACCUUCAAUACCUUCCGCCGGAGAAGCAACGCGAGGAAGAACCGGAUAUCCGGAAGAUGUUGUUGGAGACCAUCAUGCUGCUCUCGGCCACGGCCGUCGGUCGCAGUGUCCUUCGGGCCAAGGGGACAUUCCCGGUGCUGCGGGAGCUUCACCGCUCGGAGCAGGAGCCCCGCGUGCUGGCGGCGUGCCAAAAGCUCAUCCAGGUGCUCAUCGGGGACGAUCCCCCCCCGGGAAUGGAGAACCUUCUGACCGUGGAGGUCCCCGCGGAGGUGGAGCUGCAGCUUCAACGCUUGGACCGAGAGGAGGAGGAGGAGGAGGCACAGAGGGGCGACGGUGCCCUCGGAGAAGACCUCGGACCUCCUCGUGGUGGAAUGAGCUCCACAUCUCCCCAACGUCUCAACAUCUCCAGCGAUGGAGACUCCACCACCUCCAGCGCGAGCUGAGAAGGCUUUGAAGGGGCCAAAUCCUUCCUGCUUGGCCCCAUCUCCACUCUCGCAGCUCCCAC